AUGCGUGGUGAUUGCAUGGUGACUGCUAUAGAAUGGCAUUGUCAUAGAUGCUUAUCUAUCAUCUAUGAUGAUUUUAAUGGUUAUUACUACUGUGAGUGCGGAUCAGCUCCAUCGGACUCGUACUCGUUCAAAUGUAAUAACAGGUUCCACGGAGACGAGUUUGUCAUGUCUAGCAAAUGCCUGGACAAUCACGAGGUACCUCGGGAGCAUGUUAGCCCCAAUGUCAACAUACUUCUAUUGGGACCAACUGGUGUUGGUAAGUCGACCUUCAUCAAUGCUCUUGCUAACUAUCUGACUUUUGACACACUCGAUGAGGUGCUUGAUAACAAAUUGGCAAGCCUAAUAUACUCCAAAAUAUCCAUAACCACUGACGAUUACGAUGAGAGAGAGGUUAUAGUUGGAGACGAUGAUGCAAACGAGGGUAGUAAUGACAGAAUAACGGGUCAAUCGUGUACGCAAAACUGUAAGUCUUACCCAUUUCCAAUAGAAGAUGGAGGAAUACUAAGGAUAAUAGAUACUCCUGGAAUAGGAGAUACCAGAGGGGUUGAUGAAGAUAAGGCAAACAUGAAAGACGUCCUUACCUACAUCUUGUCAUACGACGCAAUCAAUGCUAUUUGUAUUCUGCUCAAGCCAGAUGAAGCAAGAUUGACACCAUCUCUCAAAUAUUGUAUCAUGGAGCUCUUUGUACAGUUGGAUAAAGAUGCUGCUAAGAACAUAGUAUUAUGUUUUACGAACACCAAGGGUACGAUGUAUCGUCCUAGAGCAACCAAACGGCUUCUCUAUGCACUACUCUCAGAGAUAAGCACUGAGAUGGGAGAAGCUACUACUAUCAAGCUGACCAGAGACACAAUGUACUGCUUUGAUAGCGAGUCAUUCAUAUUCUUAGUUUGUUCUCAGGAUGGGAUUAGCUUUCAUGAGCAGGAUUCGUAUAGAGGCAAUUGGAAGCAAUUAGUCGACGAGUCUGGAAGACUGAUAGCUUAUAUUGCUUCUCUCGAACCUCAUCCUACUGAGAAGAUUCCAGUCUAA